GGCCUUAAAGAUAGAGACCGGCACAUUGCUAGUAGACAGCUUUUUCGACGAUCGCAACGAUGAAUCCCCCACCUCCUCUUCCGCCAUGAUUCCUAGAAAACCAGAACAUUUUCUAUUGUCGUCACCACAUCAUCCUGGUGCAGGAGUUUUAGAAUCUGUGACCGAGUCUCCAGCGACUUCGUUGUUGAUGAAAAAGACGAGUAAUGAACACGUCGUGGAACAACAACACGAACAAGCUUUAGUACAUCGAGAUUGUCAUCCUGUUAUUGCCCAGGUGCUCCCUUCGGUACCACCGACCACUGCAAGCACAACACCAGUGAAUCGGGAAACCCUUCCUCUCUCACGAAGCUCGAGCGGAAGCUCGUUCUAUUCUUGUUCGGGCUCGCCCUCCCAUUCUGCAGGCCUUGACGACGUAGUCGCAGAAACUUUUCCGGAACCAACUUACCGCCUGCCCGGAGGAGGGAGCUCGUGUGUCGUUCAAGAAACUGUUGACCUCAUGCCGCACAAGAACUUGCUUGUGCAGAGGCCCGUUUCGUCACCACUUUGUGCCAAUUCGAGCGAUGGGUACUCAUCAGCAGGAUUUUCCAGAGACCCAGGUGUUGGUAGUAUGACGACCGAAGAUCAUGGUGAGACUCCGGAGGCGGACAUUCUGGAAGGAGUUGUCUAUCUAGCGCGUCGGGAAAGUAAACAAGAAGAGCUGCUGUUUAGCAGCGAGGCAUCAACAGUGCCACCACAUACAGUGGCAGAGGCAGUUCCACCGGUUGUGGAGUCACGAAUAGUGCCGACCGACCCAGCAGCAAGUACGUUAAGGGCUGUGGAUCCACUAGAAAUGCCGAGGGAAUCACCAGCAGCGCCGACGCAUUCACCAGCAACGCCGACGGAGAAGGAUGGUGCAACACUGGCAGCCUUCUCGUCGGUGAUGACAUUCCUCACACAAUCGGCGGUGACGGAGUCCUCAUUGCCAGAGACCGAGCCAUCAAUGGAGGUCCCAGAGCCAUCAAGAUCAGUUGCAGCUACAGAUAGCAGAGAAUCACUCCCGGCAAGGACAGAACAAUCCCUACCACUUGCGGCAGGCGAGGUUGAGUCACCGACACGGGUGACAGAAACACUAGAUGCGGUAGUGGAGUCACCAGCGGCGGUGGAGGUAGGGGGGUUAUCAGCGACGGUAGCAGAAUCGCAGCGAACAGAUAUUUAUCUGUCCUUUCACGAAAAACCCCACGAAGCACCGGCUAAGGUACUUUUAAGUCAGCCACCAGAGGAGGUCUCUGGAGAUCAAUCACGCCAUGGCACCUCUACCGGAAAGACCAAUGAGAGCGGAUCAGGUAUGCCUGCAGUACCCGAAGAUUCCGACAAAGAUACCAUUUUGGAGAGUCCGGAAGCUAAAACGGCUGCAACACUCCGAGACGACCAGGAGAAGCAAAACUCGCAAAAUUCCGGUGUCUCGUUGCCUAGUGCUGCUUCCGCACACUGCGGCGGGGGAAAGUGGUGUCUUAUACCGGGACAAGGAUGGACGCAGCGGAAGGCGGUACCUAUUACUAUUAUAUAGACGAGGUACUACUUGCAGCACACAUGCGUUAUUUUCAAUACUGUCGUGAAUCUCUACCUUCAUCUUGUUGGAUGAUUUUAUUGAGAAAGAUCAAAGGCCGUAGGACGGAACAACUACAGGCGACGAAUUUAUUCCAACAAUGAAUGCACAUGCAGGUGCCUGAGGGCGUCGCUCUGCAGCAUCCACGUGGUACUCCAGUCUCGCAUGAGAAGAUGAAUAAUAGCCGCGCUUUCAUUCAGAGGAGACCAUCUGCAACGGCCACAAGUGCAUCGAGCAAAGAUCAGCAGUUGAGAGACGAUGUCCGCCGUCUCCUUGCAGCGCAAAGGGAAAAUUAUGGAGCCAUGAUAAUGAUUAGUUCGCUCUUCAGUCUACAAUGUACUUCUACGAGAACGAGCGAGUGCUUGCUCAUUCUUAUAAAUAUCUAAUCCUUAGUGGAUCGUGAUGGAGAAACGUUUACGUCUUCCGGCAGCACGUCUACCAUCAUCGCUUCGCAAGGCGGUCGCAUCUCCGAGGUCACUAGAAAGCUUUCUGCAGCAGGAUUUUUAGAUCGCGACGUGCCCCAACAAAGGCAAAGCGAACGCCAGCAAUCUUCUCAAGCCCCAGUCGAGUCCGAAUCGGAAUACGAGUACGUGACUGAUUCGGCAGAGGAGAAGACUGGAUAG